CUUGCUGGAUACAUGGAUCGAUAGACGUCUUUAUAUUUUGAGAAGUUAAUAACAAAAAGCGAGCAAAUGGGCAAAAAAUGAGUCGCGAUUCCGAUCCCAUAAGGUGGUUUCACGGCAACCUAUCCCGUGAGGAAGCCGACGAACUUCUCAAGCAAGGUUACGAGGACGGGACUUUUUUGGUGCGUGAGAGCAGCUCGGCGGCCGGGGACUUUGUGCUGAGCCUUCUCUGCCAGGAAGAGGUGUGCCACUAUCAGGUGCGGCGACAUGGCGGCGAGGACGCCUUCUUCUCAAUUGACGAUAAGGUACAGACAAAGAUCCUGCACGGAUUGGACACCCUGGUGGACUACUACCAGCAGGCGGCCAAUGGCUUGCCUACCAAGCUUACGGUGCCUCUUAUCCGGGAUGCGCCACCGCACAAUACACGCAGCCACGGAGUGAGCAAUCUUCUGCACCGUGCUACUAGCAAAAAUGAGGGCAAGGUGGUCUUCGAGCUGCUCAAAUGCGGCUACCGAAACUUUGAUGCCAAGAACCAGGAUGGACAGACGGCCCUGCACCUAGCGGCUCUCAAUGCGGACGAGGAUAUUCUCAAGAACUUGUUAAAUGCCAAGGUGCAAGUCAACAGCUCCGACUCAUAUGGCUACCAGCCUUUGCACUAUGCCGCUCGCUCUAAACCAGCCAGUUUUAUACGCAUACUCAUCGCUGCGCAGGCAAAUGUCCAGGGCAGGAACAUAGAGAACGGACAUGUGCCGCUGCACGAGGCCGCCAAGUACGGCAAUCUGGAGGCUGUGCAGGAACUGCUAUUGGCCGAGGCACCGCUGCUCCCGCGAACCAGCGCGGGUGAGUUCCCCUUCGAUUUGGCGAAGGAAGCGGGUCAAGCGGCAGUGGAGGAAUUUUUGCUCAACUAUAAGCUCCCGCCGGCAAGCACCAGCAGAGAUCAGUGGUAUCAUGGCACGCUGACCCGCGACGAGGCCGUGGCCAUACUCAAAAAGCACGCCAAGAUGCUGCUGGCAAAGCAACCGCAGAUCGACACUUCUGGCUGUUUUCUUGUUCGCUAUUCCGAGUCACCGGCGGCCUCUGGAUUAGUUCUGACGUUGCUGAGCGACCAGGUGGUCAAGAAUUUUCGUAUUUCGCAAGCUGAUCUCUACCAGAACGGCGUCAAGUUGCAGUCCGGCGGGUCCAAGUUUCUGUACAUUGAUGACGGUCCCUACUGGCCCAGCGUGGAACAUUUGAUUGCCCACUUCAUGCGCUUUUCGUAUGGGCUGCCAGUGAGCCUCAAGUUCGCCGUACCGCCGCAACCCAAACCGGAGGUGCCCUCGUUCGCCACAAUACCUCGAUCCUCGGUGAAGCCGAAGUCUACUUCACCAGCUACUCCGCCCACUCCGGUGUCCCCAAACCCCCACUCAGUCCACCACCACCACGCUCACGUGCCCGCCCUGCCAAUCGCAAAGAAAAAACAGAAGGACAGCUCUAUGUUCAACACACUGCGUCUGACGAGUCCGAAGAAAGCAUUGUUUGACAUGAACAGCCUGCGCAAGAGCAAGUCCAAGAGCAAGCGCAGCGAGUCCGAGAGCAGCGUGAGUGGAUCGCAGGCCAGGACGGAACAGGAACUGCAGGCAGCGGCUCCCAUGCUGAAGAGCCUUUCCUUCUCCACAGAGUUCUUCAAUGCAGACGGCGGAGCUGUGGCCGCUGCAGGCGGCGAGCUAUACAACGUGCCCAGGAACAACACACCCAUUGAGAUUGACAUGCCACCCAUUGCCCAAAAGACUGAGGCCGAAGUAGAGUACUUCACGAAGAGCGAUGUGGCCAUUGAGCGAGAGCGAGCUAGCCAGUGGAGUGCCAAUGGAUACCAGCCAACCGAGGAUGUGCUCCAGCUGUUGGAUCAGCAAAUCAAAGCUCCAGCCACAGCGCGUCUCAACUCGGUGGUGUCCACCGUUUCCACAGAGAGUGAGAUGGCCAGUUACCUGCACCGCAAGUGCAGUGGAACACCGAACACACCCAACUCCUCUGUCUUGGAGGCAGCCAAGCUGAGGUUUUUCAUUGACCCAGAAAAUUUAAUGCUGGACAGAGAGAUCGGACACGGGGAGUUCGGCUCAGUGCACAGUGGCUGGCUGGUAAAGAAGAGCGCUGCUGGUGACGAAUCCCGCGUGGAGGUGGCGAUUAAGAUGCUCAGCGACGAGCACAGCAACAAGCAGGAGUUCCUGCGCGAGGCCUCUGUCAUGAUGCGACUGGAGCACAAGUGCAUUGUGCGUCUUAUUGGCAUUUCCAAAGGUGAGAUGCUUAUGAUGGUGCAGGAGCUGGCUCCGCUGGGCUCAAUGCUGCAGUACAUUCUGGAUCACGGGGCCGAGAUCAAGGCCAAUUCGGAGCUGAAGGUCUGGGCGACGCAGAUUGCUUGUGGCAUGCACUAUCUGGAAUCUCAGCAUUUCGUGCAUCGUGAUUUGGCAGCCAGGAAUAUUUUGCUAACCGCACGUCACCAGGCUAAAAUCAGUGACUUUGGCAUGUCGCGAUCCCUGAGACCCGGCAGCACGGAAUACCAGUUUACCCAAGGCGGCCGAUGGCCCAUCCGCUGGUACGCACCGGAAAGCUUUAACCUGGGCAUCUUUUCGCACGCCAGCGACGUUUGGUCGUUUGGCGUUACCAUCUGGGAAAUGUUCUCCCUGGGCGCACCGCCCUAUGGCGAAAUAUCUAAUGUGGAUGCCAUCAAGUUGGUGGACAGCGGCGAACGUUUGCCCCAGCCCAAGAUCUGUCCAGCCUAUAUUUACGCCGUGAUGCAGAGCUGCUGGAAGGAGCGACCCAAGGACCGGCCAACCUUCGCCUACCUCACGGAGUUCUUCGCCCGGGAGCCCGACUACCAGAAUCUUCCUGAGUUAGUGCAAACGGUUCACAUCUAAGCCAGUAAUCCUCUUUCCAAUCAGAGUGCAAUUUUCUAUAUCUAUUUUUAAAUUGUCUUCUGUUCCGAUUCUUGGAUCGCUAUUGUUUUGUCGCCUUCUCGAAGUCCCUAUUCAUGUUUUUAGUUUGUAUUAUAUUUUAUAUACAGAUGUACAACCAAUUUGUGUCAAAAGAAUGCGAACAAGUGCCUUAAAAGUUUAUUAUAUUAAUUUUGUAUUCAUGUUUACAAAUCCAUUUUGUUAUAUUGGUUAUACGAAAUAAAAGUAACUAUUUUUAUAUGCA